CGACUGCCGUACCGCCGUACCAGCAGCACGUGUUCACUGCUCGGUUGAAAAGAAAGUCAACGCCGACGGAGCUGAUCCCCCUAACAACCCAAAAAAAAAAACUGGACCACAAAAACACGCUCUUCAUUUUCGGAACUUUCGGACUUUCGCCUGAUUUGUGUUGCAAAUGCUGUGUAAAGAUCGUGUGAUCGUGGUGUGGCCAAGGAAGCUGCCGCAACAAUAACAAGUGCCGCCAUUACCGAGAGUGUGGCGGUCGAUCGAUCCGAGACGAUCUGGUGUACAGGGGGGUGCAUCGAAAGGGUGGAAAGCAUAAAUGGAAUUUUAAGCACUUGCCGCCCGAGCCUCAGGCGCAUUCGUUGUCUCGUGAUAAAGAGGCGACGAACCGGCGCAUUCAGUGUGGAGGGGGUGCUGUUCGGUUUUCGGAAGUGUUGUUGGCACCGCAAGCGAUAGAGAAAGAGAGAGAGAUGGAGUUGUAAUUGUGCUCCUUCCCCCCGGGGUCCACCACAAAGUUGGAAUCGAAAUCGAAAUCUAUCCGCGGCAUCCACCAGUUCGAUAAGAUAACACGAGAGGCCAGGUCACAGCAACAAGGCAACUACUACUACCACUAACAGCAGCAGCAGCAAGCGCAGCACCGACCGGGCUUAUCUUAAUGCGUAUCGUAUCCCCUCCGAUAGACUCGUAACAGGCCACGGUCAGGGUGGUCAGACAGUAGGGAGUAUCCAUUCGUAGCAGACCGUGUUCACGUCCGGCCGCGGUGCCGUAGUCUCUCGAGUGCACAAAGUGUUUCGACCUCACCGUCGUCGUCGUGUCCGAUUAAGGAUCAUGCGGUGGUAGUGAUUAGUGUACGCUAUUUGACGAUCGUUCUACCAUUGAUUUCCGGACCCUUUUCCGGUCUUAAAACUGCUGAAAAGUGUCGAAUUAGUGUUCGCAAAAAGUGAAGUAGAAUAGUGGUUACUAUGACACCACCACCACCGCCUCCUCCUCCAACCCCCGGCACCCCGAGUGCUCCAAUGACACCCAGUAAUGGCCACGUGUCACCACCACCACCACCACCGGCAGCACUCGUGUCACCAUCGAAGGGACCAGCGAAUGACCACAAUGAUCAGCUAAUGGCGGCCAUUCGUGCCGGUAUCACUCUGAAUCCGACCAAAACCAACGAUCGCAGUACACCGGGCUUCAUCCAACGAUCGAACGGUGUCGUGGAUACCAAUGGCAAAUGUGACCAGCAUACGGGAUCGUCGACAGAUGAGCAGGGGAUCGAUGUGAUAAAGGAUGCACUGCAGGCCGAGCUGCGCAAUACGCUGAAGCGCAAGAUUAAAAAGCAGGAAAUCGACGAUGGUGACUGCACGAAGAACGAGGAAAUUGAACGAUCGAUCGAAGCAACGCGCAGUGAGAUACAGCUCAAGGUGAAUGGUACAGCAGAACCCGCUGGCAAACAUGCUGCCGAUACUCCGAAGGUGGAAAAUCCACUGAAGACACUUGUCGACGUGAUUGAUAAGGAACGGGGUGUUGUUGUUGCUGCUGCUCCUGCUGCUAAGGCCCCUCAGCCUAAACAACCAAGUCCUGUGCUCGUUAAGAAGGUUUCAUCACCGAUCACAUCGCCAAGCAAAAGUGUAGACACUCCGAAGACUGUGACGCCAACGGCUGUAAGCGGAAACACAGUGGUAGUGAAUGUUAGUCCGACUCCGUGGAAGAAAACUAUCCCGGCAACUACCAGCCCAACUGUCCCUACUACAUCCAAGUCAACGGAAUCCAAUCAUCCGAUUGUGAGCUCAAGUCCAUGGAAGAAAACGGUUUCACCAACGACGGUGAUCACCUCGCCGAAGGCUCCAAGUGCUCCCAAGACUGUGGCAAACGAAACAGCUAAGAGCAGCACCGUCUCUAGUCCUCAGACGACUCAGCCCGAGAAAGUCACUUCUCCCGGUGUCGCUCCAGCUGUAGCCAACUUGUCGGCCAUGUUUAACGGCGGUUCAGCAACGAACACGCUUCCAAAAACGAAUGGAACACUGCAGAAGGCUCCGACACGACUGAACAGCUCACCAGCACCAGCAACGACCACUAACUCUUUCUCAAAUACCCUCCCGAGGGUUAAAGCACCACCGACAGUCAAGAGUUCGCCUCCUAGCCCGAUGUACACCGCAACGGUCAAGGUACCGAUCGCUAGUUUCACCGAUAGUCCCCGGAAUGUUACGCGAGUUGCCACCAUGGAACCACUGACCAUUGACACAGCAACAUCGAACGGCGGUACGGGGUCCUUACCGACGACUCCGAAAGAGUUGCUUUCACCGCAGGUACGCUCCGGUACUGCUUCGAUCAGACCGUCGCAGAUAAGGACACUGACGAAAGCGGGCAGCCCCGUAAGCCACACCGAUAUACUGGAAACACCGAAAACGGUCACCAAGCUGCCGGUCACAUUGAUCGAGCCUGCCCCAGUGCUUACAGCAGCGGCUGCCACUUCACCAGCUCCAGCAACACCACCGGCGUCCCCCAGGAAUGGAGACAGUGGCUCGAAGGCCAACCCGGUGCAACCGCCCAAGGAGCGUACCUUCGAGAGGGCACCAAAGGAAACGAAAAGUCCUCUGAAUCGCUGGAAUGAUGGAGCGACCGGUGGAACGGCACGAAAGCUAUUGAUUUCGCACGGACGACCCAAUUUUACGAUCAAACGCUCGAACUCACGCCAGGGUUUCGAUGUUGACGUGGCGGAUAGCAAGGAUGCGGAUGCACCGAAGCCCGUGUUUCGCAUUCUGACUGAUCUGGAGAACAGUGAAAGGGCACAGGAUGAACAGCAACAGCAGCAACAGCAGCUGAAGCAACAACCUACUCCAGUCGUCCAGCAUUACGUGUCCUUUGCGAAGGAUCUUUCCAACGCACCAAACAAUCAUCCGGAUGUGGCCGUUGUCACAAAGACACUGCCACCGAAAGUGCCAAGCACGGAGACGGAUCCGUUUCUGGCGACACUGAAGGACAUCAAGAUCGAUAUAGACGAAAUGAAGGUUGUGGUUCAGGCGAAGGACUCAUAAGGAGGUGGUUAGUGAUUGUCUUGGGCCUAUCUGCGGUUCCUGAGGAUGCGAAGCAAUAUUAGUUUGUAGGGCAAACAUGGACAUUAUCUAGGAUAGUUUUCCUUUUAUGUGAUUCACAAAAUAAAAAAUCAAAAUAAAUUGUA